UUACGCCAACACUGGGUGAAACUGAGGAAGCCGCUGGGUCCGGAAUGAUGACUGUCGAUUAUUUAACUUGAAACCAACUUCACCGCGGUUAACGCAGGCAGGUGAUGAGGAUUUUUCAAACUAGAGUAAGAGAGGCAGCAGGAGCUGAUGAGUCUGUCAUCUAUUUGGAUGCGUGCCAGUGGAUAAAUAAAACCAUAAAAGAAACGCAAAAUCCUACAUGGACAAUCGACUUUUUUUUUUUUUUUUACCUGUGCACAAUCUAUCCCAAGGUGCGGUCAAACAACCUUUUGGUUUGUUUGAUUUUGAUUAGGGAAAAAAAAGCCAGUAUACUGCUGACAUGCCUGUAGGGCUGUGGCUGGUUGACAGGCGAGCUGGGAGGCAAGUCGCUGCAUGAUUACAGUUUGUCUUUUUUUAACUGCCUGUAUACUGUAGAACCACAAAAAAAACAUGGUAGAGCUUUCAGUAUAGCUUGCUUGUGUAACUGUACAGGACACAGUUGCAAGAACACAGUAGACCUACAGGUAAGGAAGAGGAUUCUUGAAGACUGAAGAUGAAGGAUUAUGCUGACAGUAUAGCUUUUUUGGGACAGUGGGGACGUUUCCAGCAGACGGUCUUCUUCCUGCUCUGUGCCAGUAUCAUGCCCAAUGGAUUCGGUGCUUUUACCCUUGUUUUUGUGAAUGACACACCAACGCACCACUGCCUGGUUCCUGACGUCAACCUUACCCAAGACUGGCAGAGUGCUAUCAUCCCCGUACAGGUGGUGAAUGGGAAACUGGAGCAGAGCAAAUGCAGCAGAUAUAGGCUGGAUGUGGUCAGAAAUCUCUCUGCUCAGGGAUACAUCCCUGGCAGGGACGUCAACCUCACUGAGCUGGAGCAGGAGAGAUGUGUGGACGGGUGGAGCUACAGCACUGACAUCUACGAAUCUACCAUAGUCUCUGAACUGUUUUGCAUGGAUAUAUUCCAGUUUGACCUGGUGUGCAGUGAGCAGUGGAAGCAGCCGUUCACCUCCACAGUUUUCUUCCUGGGAGUUCUUUGUGGAUGCUUCUUCUCAGGACAGCUCUCUGACAGAUUUGGAAGGAAACCUGUUCUUUUUGCAACUAUUGCAGUUCAAACGGUUUUUACCUUUAUUCAAGUCUUCUCCUCUUCAUGGCUUAUGUUCACCAUCCUCCUCUUCAUCAAUGGUUUGGGACAGAUGUCCAACUUUGUAGCUGCUUUAGUGCUGGGCGCUGAGAUCUUGACUGGCAGUGUGCGGAUUCUGUACUCAUCUAUGGGGACGAUGUUAGGCUUUGCCGCUGGCUACAUGAUACUGCCACUCUUAGCUUACUUUUUAAGGAACUGGAAAUCUCUCCUGUUGGCUUUGUCUGUGCCUGCCCUGGCCUACCUCCCCUUCUGGUGGUUCAUCCCAGAGUCUCCUCGGUGGCUUCUCUCUCAGGGAAAAGUGGAGGAAGCUGAGGCCAUAGUGAGAAAGGCUGCUAAGUGGAAUAAAGUUCAGGCUCCACAGGUUGUCUUUGAAGAUUGUAGUGCUAAUGACACAAAGACUAAAGAAAACUAUGAUAUCUUCGACCUGCUGAGGAACAGCAGCAUCAGAAUGACAACACUAAUUCUCUGCUUUGUGUCGUUCACAAUGAUUACUGGAUACUAUUGCCUGUCCUUCAACACAUCCCAACUCCAUGCUGAUCCUUAUAUAAGCUGUUUCAUCUCAGCGGCUGUCGAGGUGCCAGCAUACAUUUCCAGCUGGCUGGCGCUGCGUUACUUUCCACGACGACUGUCUGUCAUCAGUACCUUGCUCGUUGCAGCAGUGUCAUUGUUCUUAAUUCAGCUAGUGCCUCAAGGCUUAUCAAAUCUGUCUCUUGCACUGGAGAUGCUGGGUAAAUAUUCCAUUACCACUGGUGCCUCAAUGAUGUUUACCUAUACAGCGGAGCUUUACCCGACAGUGCUCAGGAACACAGCGACAGGAGUCUGCACUACUGUUUCCAGACUGGGAAGCUGCAUUACACCUUUUUUGUUGGAUAUGAGUACAUAUUUUAAGUAUCUGCCAUAUAUUACAAUGGGGACUCUGGCUGUUAUGUCUGCCUUUGCUACUCUCUUCCUUCCAGAGAGUUUUGGACGACCUCUACCUGAAACUAUUCAACAGAUGUCUCGGAGAGGAAGGAUGAAGUGUCCAUGCAUCAGUAGAAAACACACCCCAGUGCCUGUGGUACUCUUGGACAAUCCUCUAUGAUUAUCUAGUGUAUGCAUAUAGCUGAGAUGUUGGUCUUGCUAUUGAGUAUCAUUACUAUUGUUUACAUACAUUAUUACAAUUUUUAUAAAUUUAGUAAGUUUUUCACUGAAAGUGAACCUAUAGUUUUCUUUUUAUUACAUUUAAUAACAUUACUUUAUUCUUCUCAAUGGGGUGUAACUUGAGAAAUAUUACA